ACAAGAUGGCCGCCGCCUAUGGACGCUGAAUGUUGUUAUUCUUCAGCGUCAAUGUGACACUUUUGGACUUGUUCAACUUUUCGAUAUCGGCCGCGUCGAGCGACUAACAAGCCCGACAAACGACCUCCGGGCGGCGGCGGCGGCGAUGUUCCGAAGCGUGCGGGUCGCCCGGCUUCUGGCGCCCGGGCGGGCCGCGCUGGUGGAGGCGCAACGCGGACGAAAGUCGCGCACCGACCCGGUGGCCAAGUCCAAGCUCGGGCGAAUCAAAGUCCCUCCGCCGGUGGACCCGGUGGAGAUGGUCGUGCUGCGGGAGAGAUACUCCGACUACAAGCUCAUCAUGAGGGCGCUGCGUGUGGAGUUCAAGGAGGAGGUGCUGCGGAGGAAGUACGAGGAGGAGACGGGCUCCAUGGCGGAGGAGCGAGCGCGGCAGGAGGCCGAGGAGCACCGCAACCUCAUGGAGUUCAACCGCCAAGAGAACUUGCGCCUGCUGCAACUUCGAAUUGUGAGAAUCCAGAAAGAAACGGAAGAGGCGGAACGUCAGAAGCUGGAAGAGGCUCUCCAGCGAGAACAGCAACAGCAAGAAUUUAUCAAGCAGAAAGAGGAGGAAAUUGUGCAGUUGCAGGAGGAGGCAAAGAACUUCAUCACGUUAGAGAACUUGGACCAACGCAUCGAGGAAGCUCUGGACAACCCCAAGAAUUAUAACUUUGCCGUGGACAAGGCGGGUCGAGUUGUGAAACAGACUGUGUUGCAGUGACAAUUUGGGGACAAACGAUCGAGCUCAUCGUUGAACAUCAAACAAGAUGGACGCUUCCAGCAAUUCGGGGAUGACCCCGAAAAGCUCUUCUACGAUCGUCUCUUGACGGCUGGCUUUUAUUGUUCAUGUUCUGAUCGUCAUUUUCAAUGUCAUGCCAAUAAAUCCGUGUACACACAACUGAA